AUGACCGUAUCUUACAAUGCUGAUGUAUCAAGUGCCAGCUUUUGGAGCUUCGUUAAAAUAAUGCUCCGAUGGAGGGGAAGUGUGUGGAAGAUGAUCUACUUUGAACUAGUACUCUGGUGCACUACUUUCACAAUCUUUUCUCUCAUUUAUCGUCUAGGAUUGGACAAGAAUCAGCAAAUACUAUUCGAGAAAAUCUGCCUACUUUGUAACAAAUAUGGAGAUUUGCUGCCAGUGACAUUCAUGCUUGGAUUUUAUGUAAGUUUGGUGGUGACAAGAUGGCAAAGUUUCUGGAAAAAUGUUGGAUGGGUUGAUAGUGCUGCGCUGUCGGUAGCUACCUACAUAGCUGGCUACGACGAGCGAAGUCUGAUGAUAAGACGGACAAUCAUGCGCUAUCUGUGUUGUAUGCAGGUGUUGGUAUUUCGUUCCAUCAGUAAACCUGUUAAAAAACGAUUCCCGACGCUCGAGAGCAUGGUGAAAGCAGGUUAGAA